AUGUUUGGUGUUAUAACUGGAAUUUUGAUUUCAAGAUGGAAGCAAAUUUUUGGCCAGACUGUUGUUCAUUUUGCUGGAAAUCGAUAUGCAGGCACACCAUCACCUAUAAGGAGCAAUUCAGAUGUACACAAUAUCCCAAAAUAUCCAAAUUCUAUCAUCCAUGUUAAAAACACAAGUCAUUUUGUGGUGUCUGCAUUCAUUGAUCACAGGCUCAAUAAAGAUAUUCGAGUUAUCAGCAUUAUCAAAAGAAACAGUACACAGCCACUUUAUUGCAUCUACUGCAACAAUACCCAAGGUUGCGAGGUUACUGCAGCAAAAAUUGAGAUACACACAGAUCAUUAUGGCUUUCCAUAUGGUGCUUCAGAUGUGCUUUGCCAGGGCAAAUACACAGAUUUUGCAACCCAUGUCGCCAUUUCAGCUGAUGAACACUCAGACAUUAAUAACCUAGGCUUCCUUCCAGUAAAGAACAGCAGGAAUAAAGAAUCAUUCAUGUACAACUUCACCAUCUGUAUAUCCAGCCUUUUUGGAAACUACAAUAAUGUUCUGCAGUUUGCUCAAACCAUGGAGAUAUACAAGCUUCUUGGUGUACAACGAGUUGUAAUCUACAACACAAGCUGUGGUUCUGACUUGAAGAGGCUCCUACAGCACUAUGAGAGAGAAGGAUUUCUAGAGAUUGUGGCAUGGCCUAUUGACCAGUUCCUUAACCCAUCUGCAGGAUGGAAUAUCAAUGUUCAUAAAGGGGACAUCCAGUACUAUGGCCAGUUGGUAACACUUAAUGAGUGCAUUUAUAGACACAUGUAUCAGUCCAAAUAUGUCCUGCUGAAUGACAUUGAUGAGAUCAUCAUGCCUUAUAAGUACCCUAAUCUUGAAUUACUGAUGGAGUCUCUGCAACAUGAGCACAAAGAUGUGAAUGUAUUUUUCAUAGAGAACCACAUUUUCCCCAAGACCCAGUUUGAUGAAAGUCACAAGUUUCACAGGCCAGAAUGGAGAAGUAUACCUGGUAUUAAUAUUAUGGAACACAUUUACAGAGAACCAGAUAGAAAGAACAUCUACAACCCCACAAAGAUGAUCAUCAACCCUAGAAACAUGAUACAAACUUCAGUGCAUUCUAGCCUGAAACACAUUGGACAGGACUAUAGAGUUCCUUUUGAUGUGUGUCGGAUUGUCCACGUAAGAACGCCAUUACAAGGAGGUCUUACCAAGGAGCAGUUAUUUGUUGACACAAGAGUGUGGGACUUUGAACAAGAACUGAUACCAAAUGUGAAUAGAGUCCUACAGUUAUCUGGUUUGUUGAAAAGUGAGGAAUAA